UCCAAUGGAUGCAGCAUGGUAUUACUGUUGCUCAUUGUCCAGUUUGAAAUAUCAAGAGUUAUCCCAGUGCCUGCACUGCAUUUCUUGUAGUUAAGCACUGGAAGAGAUGGAACAGAGACCUCAGUGGCCCUGUUCAUGUUCUGCCAGAUUCAAAACCUCCAGGUAAAUCCAAGGAGGCUUCAUGUAGAAUCGUGCAGAUAUUGUUGCAUCGCACAAUCACACAUCCUAACACAGGAGUAUUAACCAGGCUUUCCAGCUGUGUGGGAUAGCCCAUUCCUUUCCUACCUACUACAUUUCUGGCCAUAGAAGAGAGUAGAAGUAGAAGUAGGGGUUCAAUGUGGAAAUUCCAAAAAACAUAGGGAAGUUUGGUGCUGGGCUGCCAUUUGAGAGCUAGUGGGGUGAGAGUAUGUGACUCUGCUGGGUCUUGUUCAAAUCUCAGUUAUUUUCUCAUCAAACCAAAUUUGAUGCUCAAUCCCAGGCAUUUUAUUCCUGGACAUUGGGUAAAGUCUGGAAAUUGCAUCCUUGUGGUGCUCUUGGAGACAUGAUGUGAUCUUCAUCUGCUUUGGAGAGGGAGGUCUGCAUGUCUGUGUGGCAGCUACCAUGCAUCAGGAGAGAGGCAACUUCAACUUCCCCAUUCUCAGAGAAAAUAAGAAGAAACCUGAAAUCUUUUCUUUUAGUUUCCACUUCCAAACGGUUCCUGUGUGCCACAAGACUUGUUGAAAGCAAAUGUGGAGCUUGAGGUAUUUGUUCAUUUCCAAGCAGGGAUUUUAGCUUUGUCUUCUUCAUUAUUCCCACAGAAGUUUGAGAGAUUGUUCCUAAUAAAAAGAUUUGGCAGUUUCAUGAUUCACUAGGUAUCCAGCCAAGAUAUAAUGAUGGUUCAUCAAAAACUGUCAGCUUACAUUGCAUGUACUGGGGAUUUCAGAUGAUGGAAGACAAUCUGAAGACCACACAGCCUUAAAAUAGUAAGAACUGGAGAACUGCUCCCUGCAGGUAUUGGUAUGAUACAAAAACAAAGUCAUGAGCACUCCAUAAACUUGAAGUCUCUAAUUCACAAUAAAACCUCCAUAAGGGCCCAGUUUCUAAAAGUUCAAACUAGACACCAAACUCCAUGACCCGAGCUGCCUCCUGAUCAUUCCAGAGGAAUCUAGGCAGUGAGUUUCCCUAUUUCUACUCAUUAUUUUUAGGUACUUGUCAGGUGAGAGUUGUGCAGCUGCUGUACAGAGAAGUGUGAAGAAAGCAAGCUGGGGAAGCCUGGAAUGCCAAGGGAAGACCAUUUCCAUGCAUCAGGCUAGUUCAGUCUCGAUUUUAUUCCACUCCUUCAGAUUCUGUUCAUCUCUGCAGUCAACAAAUUCCUCCUUGAUGCAUAGUUGUAUUUCCUUCUACUUCUUUACAGAUGCCUAGCUCAGGAAGUCAGUAUUUCAGUUCUCUGUGGUAAGGGCAGCAGCUACCAGAAAACUCCCUACCACCCCUCACCUGUGCAGGGGGCAGGUCUUGUUGCAGUACUGCCCUGGAUGAAUCUGCACUUUGGAAUGGAGACCCCUGGAAGAGGGCAGGUUGGAAAACCCCCAGGAUGCAGCACAUCCCUUUGCAGAGGUUUAUAAUGGAACUUACAUCUUUGCCUAAAUUUCUCUGGACAAGUGACAACAAGCUUCUGCAUCACCAUUUUCCAGACAUACUGGCUACUGUUCAUACCACACAAGACAUCCCUGAAGAAGUUGUUUUUGGACCAUGCAUGCUCCAGAACACCCUGCUGGACACUGUAGCUUUCAUUGCUCUCAAGUGCUCUGACAGACGGAACAUCCACUAUGUAUUUAAGGUGGAUGUUACAUCUGUGCACAGUCCCACAGGACUGCCUUGGAUGAGACUCGUACAAGCAGCUGCCCAUAGCAAGGAGCAGAACUUGGAAGCUUACUUAGAAAACAGUCAGUUAUACUAUCGCCCCACCAGGAAAAUCAGCAAAAAUGAGGAGCUGCUUGUCUGGUAUGAUGAGGAGCUUUCCAGCCUCUUGGGUUUCAAUGAGAUAAAGGCUCAGAGGCCCCAGAAUGAGUUGAGAUGCCAAGAGUGCGACCGAGUCUUUAAAUGUGAGCAUUCCUAUCUGUCCCAUGUCCGCUUCCUCUGUGUCCCAGAGAAGAGCGCUCUGCUAUGGAGAAACUUCCAGAACCCUAAAACUGAAAAGGGCAGCCUAGCUGAGCAGACCACAAAUUUCCACAGUCUGGCAAGGGACUUGGAAGUCAAAAUGGCAGCUUGGAAAGAUGAUGCACAUGGUCUUAUUGGAGAAAGGAGAGCAAAAUCUGAAGAGGCUGAGAACAACAGGAGCAGGAAAACAGUGCUGUUGGAGAAAACCAAUAACUUGACUGAGGAACGUAACUGUGGGGGCAAGGAAGAGCUUGGAGGAGAGCAUGCAUCGGCUGGUUCUUUCAGGAAGCUUAGUUCAGGGAGGCAGUCAGCCAGGAAGGAUGCUUUAGAGCAGAAGCAGAGUGCUUUCACUGAGGUCAGGAGAAUGAAAGAGAAGCUGAGGAAUGAGAGACUGCAGGAGCCAGAGCAGGAGGAUGGCACGGCCCCACUUGGUAAAGAGCAAGUGUCAAAAGAAGUGUUGCUGAACUCCUCUGGUAGUGCAUUCUCCUUUGUUUGGCCCACCAGAGCUCGAGGAGAACAGAAGAGUGCUUUCAGCAAGCCCAGUAAGUGUGUAACAGAAAGAGCUGCAGUAAAUUCUUCUCAUCCCAUAAGUGAGUCAACAAAGAGCCUGGGGGAGCUGUCUGGCUUCAUUGCCACCGCAGACAUCAUGUGCUGCAGCAGUCUUCUCAAUUCCAAGUUCUUUGUCAGUGAUUUGUGUAAUGCUCAGAUGCUGCAGACAAGCAUCACUCGGAGCAAUGUUUUCCCAUAUACCUCAGAACCAUGGCUCAAGCAAGCAGGAGGACAGUUACAAAACACCACCACCACUUCCUCCUCCUCUUCCUCCUCCUCCUCCUCCUCUUCCUUGACUCUUCUUCCCCCCACCUUCACAUCCUUUGGAGUGGCUGCCCAGAACUGGUGUGCCAAAUGCAACCUGUCCUUUCGCAUGACAUCUGAUUUAGUCUUCCACAUGCGGUCACAUCACAAAAAAGAAUAUUCCUCAAGUGAAUCCCAGUGCAAGAGGAGACGAGAGGAGAAGCUGACGUGUCCCAUUUGCCAUGAAUACUUCCGAGAACGCCAUCAUUUAUCCCGGCACAUGACUUCUCAUAAUUAGAGCCAUGCAGACAGAUGUCACCAAGGGACCGGGCAGGUUGGAUGAAGAAGGGAAUGAUAGUUCACUUAAAUCCAUUUCUUUUUGAGUUUACAUUAAUUUCUUUCAGGAAAUCACUGUUUACAAUUAUUUUUAAUAGAUGCUUUGCAAAAAAAAAAUUAAAUGUUUACAAGAGUCUGAGUGGAUUUUAAGUUUUGAAAACUCAACCUAGCCCUUGUCAACCUAUUUUUGAGGAAAUAAAAUAGUGAAAUGAAUCCACAUGCAGUGUUAAUUUGCAGAGUAGGGACAAAAUCAUAGAUUUGCAAACAGAGUUGUCUUUGCUCAUAUUUGAUUUGCUGGUGUCUGUGCAGUACAAUGUAAAUACAGAAACAACAACCACCUCAUUGAAUGAGGAACCUUUAAGGAUUAGAAAAAUCAGAGCUUAUAUGUCAAAAGAAGAUAAGUUACUAUUUCUAGCAGCACUGGUGGACUCUUACUUCUUUAUGUUAGCCGAAUCAGCUCUCUUACCAAAUUUUUAAGUUAAAAGCUGACAUCUUAUCAUCUCCUUGGCUUUGAAAGGGACCUGAAUUUAGGACUGUUUGAAAUCUAUGAUUGUCAACAACUGACUGGCAGACUGCCAAAGAGGAUGGAGCUUGUAAAGCAGAAUAUCCAACUUCUGUUCCAGGCUCUGCUGCUUUUGAAAUGUCUUUUACACAGUGAAAUCAGUGUGGGUCUGUAUCAAAAUGUGAGCUGUUGUCAAAUAUCCUAAGACCUGCGUUACCUUAGUAGGCAUACAGAUCUGAUGGGAGUAAAGUUCAGCCUGCGGUUUUCAGGUUUUGGAUAUACCAAAGGAAACAGUUAGGGUGUCUGAGUUACAGUUAGCUACUGAUAGAUAGAAUCUGCACACUUUAAUUGUGGGUGGUAGGCUCUGUUCUGAUAACUGCUUGAAGAGAAACACAAAAUGAUACAGGUGUACAUGAAUUGCACUAUAUUGAACCACCUUGUCUGUCCUCUGGUUUCUACAUGGGCCAAUUCCACCUUUUUUUUAAAAAAAGAAGUAUAUUCUUUCUCUUGCCUGUCCAUGAGACAUUUUUCUUUUGUCUACUUUUUUUUUUUGAGCUUUGCUGAGUCUCAGCAGUAAAAUCAUACUGCUUAGAGUGGGAGGAAACACUUUCUAUUGUUACUGAAGCCUAUCUAAUUUGCCUGUCAUUACUUUUUAAAUCCAUUUAGGGGCUUGAUUUCGAUAGUUUAUGCCACUUUGUUCUUCAAGCAAUCAUUUCUCCUGCUCUUGUAUAGUAUUUUUUCAGGUUGUCUGAUGUUUUUGUGGCCUGCCUUUGAACUCACCUGCUUCAUCAAGGUCUACUAUUCUCUUUCACUUAGAGAAUGAUCAGAAAUUAUUCAUUUCCCAGCUGAGGGUAAAGGACAUUUCAAUAUGCUCUGUAUGUUCCACCACACUGAUGAUAUACUCCAGUGGUUUUUGAAUACUGGACAGAAUUUUGAGUUACCAUGAUGAUACCUUGCCUGAUAAUGCAAGUAUCAGCAAGUAAAUACAUCUGAAUGAAAAAGAGAGACUGACAGUGUUAGGCUGUCAGCUGGAACCAACAUAACCCACUCACUGUCACCACUUGGGAGAUUUCUGGAAGUCAGGAGAUUGUAUUCUUCCCAAUAUAUUGCUGUUGAACAUUAAUACAUGACUCUUUCCUAUUAACAGAAACAUUCUUCUUAUUCCAGGCUUUAUUUUUGAAACAUAAGUGAUAAAACUAUUACAUUAUGCCUUUGAGUUCAGGAGACAGUUCUGGUUGGAUUGUAACACAGCUUUUCAAGGUCAGUGGUGGAAGCUCUUUCACUUGAAUCAUUAAAACACAAAAUGAACAAAGACUUCGAAACAUGGAGCACAGGGAACAACCUUGCAUUGAGUAGGGAUGGUGUGGUUUCCUUGUAAUCUUUCCAUCUCUAUUUUGUGCCCAAUAACAUUUGCUGUGUAAGGAAUAUAUUUAUGGCAAAGUUUAAUGGGCCAAAUUUCACUCCACCUGGGUGCCAGCCAGUUUACUGUGAAGUCAGUGUCCAUAAAGUGUAAUGAAGGACUCUGUGGUAUAACUGCAUUCAUAUGUGGUCAGGGUUAUAUUUCCCAUUAGUAGUUUAGGCCAGAUUGUGAUCUCAUUUAUUCCAGUGAAAAUCCAGAAUAAUUCCAUGUUGCUACUCCCGAUUUAUAUUAAUUACUUUAAGAUCAGCCUGGCCCAGUAUAAAUAAGACUAAAGAUUUUUUGGUACAGUUACUGCAAAAUGUUCUUUUCUGUACUUACUGAAAGAUGCCAUGUUUUCUUAACAGUUUUAUGAUUAGAAACCUAGCUUCAGAUUUCUUCUGGAAAAAGACAGGACUAGCUGUAUAAUGCUCCCCAGUAUUAUUUUGGCACAUCACUUCAACAUUACCCUGCUCCAAAUGCCUGUUUUUCCAGUGCACUACACCUGGUGUGUAAUUUAGAUCAGAAUGAAACAGUACCAAAUCUUACUGGUUACAUGGUUUCACUGAUUUUGUGUUGGACAAAGUGUAGAAAAUCAACCAUGGAAAAACAGAUGCUGAGUCUCAAAACCUUCAAAUAGCGUGUUAGACCUACAGCCUGAGAGUUCUUACCAGUAAUCAAACUUCUUCACUUUGUUUAUGGUAUGAGGCUUGAGCAGGCAGCAAGGUUACAGGGAGAGAUAGCUUCCCUUUAUGUCAUGGAGUUGUUUUCUUUGGGAAAAAAGAAAAGGUAAGAAGUCUUACUCAGUUUCCUUGUGGGCAUAUCUCAGCCACAGCAGUUUAUAUACUGUGAUGCCAAGUAAUGUAGGAAUGCCUUCUGUGCACAGAGAGAGAAUUAUGAGGAGAAGGAGUUACGAAAAGUGGCAGAGCUGAUUCAAAAUGAAAAAAUAAGGAGAGGUUUUUAAUAAGCUUGAUUUCUGGUACUUUCCUCACCUCCUCCAGCUCAGGGGCAGUGCACUGUGGUCCUGGUCUGUAAAGAUUGAGGAUUUCCAUGGAAAUCACACUGCAGGCAGUGUGUGCAGUGCUGUCCUUGUUUUUUGUAGGUGGCCAUCAGCAUAAAGAUUGCAUUAAAAAAUUGCUUCUUAUUCUGAGGUAAAGGGGUUUGUGAACUAAGACUUAUUUAGACGCACAGCAAACCAUACAGCCAAACAAUAUGACAUCUUGUUGCCUGCUGCAUCUGUGCUGGUAUCAGUGCAAAGCCAUCCAGAUGCCAACAGAACCAGAACUUGAUUCCCCAUGUAUAAACUAGCUCUUUGUGCAGGCACAGUGAAAGUCUUUUAUGUGUCUCAAAUUUAACUGAGUGUCUCAUCUAAACUGGGUUACAUAAACCAGGGGGCUUAUCCAAAAUUUUUGGAGAUUUUAUUUCUUUAAAUGAAAAUACUUAUAAUAAAACUGAGUGAACCAAAUAUUGAACAGGCAGAAGGAAGCCUAACGAGACAAAGAAAAACAAACUUCCUAUAAUUGAGUCAUGCUGGAAGCUUAUUUCCCCUUAUGUCUAGAAGUCUGAAAAUUUAAAUUGGUGCAGAUGAAAUCCUGCUGGUAGGAAAGCACUACACUAGAACAGGGGGUUUGUGAAGAAAUGAAGGACUACAUUCUGUCCCUGUGAAAUACUGUGAUUUUUCAGCAGGGAUCUCUGUCUUUUAUUCAAGUAGAAAUUCUAGAAAAAGGGGAAAAUAAUUUUGUUUUUAAAACAAGAGGAGACAAUUUGCAGUGAGCCGACUGGUUCUCUUCCUGUCUUUGCUAGCAACUAACUUCUAAUUUUGAUCAAACAACUGUUUCUCAUGACAUGUGUUUCUGGAUCAGUGAUAAAGGAUGCAACACAGGGCUGUCAAGCUUAGCUGUGCAGGCUGUGUUUUCUGCAAUGGAUAAUGAGUUUACUGAUAGGAAAUGCCAGAUUACCAUAUUUGUUCACUCACUGAUCACUGAUCCCUGAAUUUUUUCUGAUGAAGAUGUAUUUUUCCAUCAAAAUGACAUUCAGAUGUGGUUUGGAGAAAUAUAUUUUUGCUUGUUUUUUAUGAGGUAAUUUUCCACUAAUCAAGGCAGUCUGUAUGUUUCCAUGGAUCUACAGGGCACUAUCACAGCUUAGAUUUCACUUUAUACCCCUUGCUUGGCUUGGCUGGAGGGAGCUGGCAAAAUAAAGAAUGGGAAUGAUGGUCUAGCCCCGAAAAUAAAAACUUUAAUAAUGAAAAUAACAAAUGUGGAGACUGCAGGUUACAGAGACUGGGACCAAAGACCUGUGGGCAGGGCAAACCAGGUGUAGGGGCAAAGGUCCAGUCAUGAAUGUGAACUUGGAACAUGACCUUAUUCAAACAAAGUCCUGAACCAACUGAGAGCAAGAAGCAGAAACUUGACCAAAUACAGGGUAGUUCUGUUGGCAUACCGGCUCCCAAGAACCCACAGUUCCCACUGUGACCUGACCAGGUGCUCCCUCAGUACAUGGUUUGCCAAGCUCUGAGGUCAAAGCCCUCUGCAGAUGCAUCUGAGGUGAAAAUCUCAGCUGGAUGAGAUCCCACAGGGAUCACUGGAAAUCACUGGACAAAGGCAGCACAAAAGAAAUAAGAGCUGGCUGUCAUUUCUUAGAGUUCUAUGAAUGCUGGAAAGAGAAAGAGGAUACUGCUAGGUAGGCUGAUACAAUAACUCCUUUCUUCCUGCCAUUAAAAGGAACAUGAUUAGGAUUCAUAUUUGGGAAGUUAUUCUAGGUGGGAUGAUAGGAAAAUGGUGCUAUAAACUGUAGAAUGUCCAUGUCACCUCUGGAACCAGAUGAGAGAAGGGUGGCAGUUUCAUCAUGUUUCCUGUUGUGUUCUGGAAGAGCACUUCUGAAAUUGCUUGCCCCUCCCUAAAAACCUUCUAACUUUCUCAUUUAAACCACAAACCAUGGACUUUGCAUAACUAAUUUGCAUUUGUGCUUUUGUGAUUUCCAGACCUUUCAAUGCAGUGUAAUUUUCUACACAAUUACUGACUGUAGUUCUGUGAGGUCUAAACUCAUUGAGAUGAGCAUAACUAUGACAUAGCAGUUUGUGAAGACAGGAAAAAUUGCUUUUAACACACUGGCCUUUGUUAAGCCUGGCAGUUUCAAUAUUAAUUAGCCAUUACUAUGAAAUAGCAAAUAAUAUUUUGUCAAGUAAUAAAAUUUCUCAAGGUUGCACAAUCGUUUUCCACUGAAAUCGAUCACUUUAGGGAAUUAACAACAUUAUUGAUUUAAAAUGGACUCAUCAGCAACUGCAUCUUCAUUGUUUGUUUUUCCAACUGGAUUCCAAUUUCUAAACAUAUUU